AUGAGCCAGAGGUUUACGGUGACUGCUUUUUCCAAAAGCGACAACGAGCGCCACGCGUCAGAAAUCCAAGGAGAAGUCAACCAACUGUUCGAGGGUGACGAACCCACACCGGGCUCCUCAGACAAAGAGGGUGCUACUAAUCUCACGGAGGAGGUGCUGAAAGGAGAUGGCAACCCCAAGGAGAGCAGUCCCUUUAUCAACAGCAGUGACCCAGAAAAGAGUCAACAAUAUGAUGGCAAAAACAUGGCCCUGUUUGAGGAGGAGAUGGACACCAGUCCCAUGGUAUCGUCCCUGCUCAGCAGUCUGGCAAACUACUCCAACCUGACGCAGGGUAGCAAAGAGCAUGAGGAGGCAGAGAACAAUGAGGGCUCUCGCAAGAAACCCGUACAGGCUCCUCGGAUGGGAACUUUGAUGGGCGUGUAUCUGCCCUGCCUGCAGAACAUUCUGGGAGUGAUUCUGUUUCUGAGAAUGACCUGGAUGGUCGGCAUAGGAGGAGUCAUCGAAGCCUUCGUUAUUGUACUCAUGUGCUGCUCCACGACCAUGCUAACUGCAAUCUCUAUGAGUGCUAUUGCUACCAAUGGAGUGGUACCAGCCGGAGGCUCCUACUACAUGAUCUCACGUUCAUUGGGACCAGAGUUUGGUGGUGCUGUGGGCAUUUGCUUCUAUCUGGGCACCACCUUCGCUGGAGCCAUGUAUAUCCUGGGUUGCAUUGAGAUCCUGCUGAUCUAUAUAGUGCCUCAGGCAGCCAUUUUUAAGAUGGAGGGUUUGGAGGGUCCAGAGGCUGAGGCGGCCAUGUUGAAUAACAUGCGCGUCUACGGCACCAUUGUGCUAAGUUUCAUGGCAUUGGUGGUGUUUGUGGGAGUGAAGUAUGUCAAUAAGCUGGCGUUGGUUUUCCUGGCCUGCGUCAUCUGUUCCAUCCUGGCUGUUUAUGCCGGCGUCAUCAAAACGGCCUUCGAGCCCCCGGUCUUCCCGGUAUGUGUGCUGGGGAACAGGACACUGGUGUGGAAGGGCUUUGAUGUGUGCGCCAAAGUGAUUGAGCGAGACAACGUUACAGUCACCACCAAACUGUGGAGGCUCUUCUGUGACUCAGAGUUCCUCAAUGCUACCUGUGAUGACUAUUUCAUUAACAACAACAUCUCAGAGAUCCAAGGCAUACCCGGAGUUACCAGCGGCAUUCUGAAAGAGAACCUGUUUGGUAAUUAUAUGGAGAAGGGGUCAUACAUAGAGAAGACUGGACUGUCUUCAGUAGAGGACCCCGACACCACGCCCACUAACACUAACCGUUAUGUGCUGGCUGACAUCACCAGCUUCUUCACCCUGCUGGUGGGAAUUUAUUUCCCCUCAGUCACAGGGAUCAUGGCUGGCUCUAACCGCUCUGGUGACCUACGGGAUGCUCAGAAGUCCAUCCCCAUCGGCACCAUCAUGGCCAUCACCACCACUUCAUUCAUCUACAUGUCCUCAGUGGUGUUGUUUGGGGCCUGCAUUGAGGGAACAGUACUAAGGGAUAAGUUUGGUGAGGCAGUCAGAGGGAACUUGGUCAUAGGUACACUGGCCUGGCCGUCUCCGUGGGUCAUUGUGUUCGGCUCUUUCUUCUCCACCUGUGGGGCGGGGCUACAGAGUCUGACGGGCGCCCCACGCCUCCUGCAAGCUAUCGCCCGUGAUGGCAUAGUGCCAUUCCUGAGAGUGUUUGGUCAUGGGAAAGCUAAUGGAGAGCCAACCUGGGCUCUGCUCCUGACUGCCACUAUCUGUGAGAGUGGAAUUCUCAUUGCUUCUCUUGACUCUGUCGCUCCAAUCCUCUCCAUGUUCUUUCUAAUGUGCUACAUGUUUGUAAACUUGGCUUGUGCCUUACAAACCUUGCUCAGAACACCCAACUGGAGACCUCGCUUUAAGUUCUACCAUUGGGCUCUGUCCUUCCUGGGCAUGAGUCUGUGUCUGUCGCUCAUGUUCAUCUGCUCCUGGUACUACGCCAUCGUUGCCAUGGCGAUCGCAGGCUGCAUCUACAAGUACAUCGAGUUCCGCGGGGCGGAGAAAGAGUGGGGUGAUGGGAUACGUGGGCUGUCCCUGAGUGCCGCCCGAUUCGCUCUCAUGAGACUGGAGGAGGGGCCACCACACACCAAGAACUGGAGGCCUCAGUUGCUGGUGUUGGUCAGUGUGGAUGCAGAGCAGAAUGUGGAGCAGCCACGCCUCUUGUCAUUGACCAGUCAGCUUAAAGCAGGGAAGGGCCUGACUAUCGUGGGCACUGCCCUGGAGGGCACCUACCUGGACAACCACCCACAGGCCCAGCAGGCUGAACAGUCUCUCCGUAAACUGAUGGAGACUGAGAAGGUGAAGGGUUUCUGUCAGGUGGUCAUCUCCUCCAACAUUCGAGAUGCUACGUCCCAUCUCCUCCAGGCAGGAGGCCUCGGAGGUUUACAGCACAACUGUGUACUGGUUAGCUGGCCACGCAACUGGAAACAACCCGAGGAUCACCAAAACUGGAGGAACUUUCUAGAGUUGGUGAGGGAGACCACUGCUGCCAGCCUUGCCCUGCUGGUGCCCAAAAACAUCGCUGCGUUCCCGUCUAACGGCGAGCGUUUCACAGAGGGGCACAUAGAUGUAUGGUGGAUUGUCCAUGACGGAGGAAUGCUCAUGCUGCUGCCCUUCCUCCUCCGCCAGCACAAGGUGUGGAGGAAGUGUAAGAUGCGUAUCUUCACCGUGGCUCAGAUGGACGAUAACAGCAUCCAGAUGAAGAAGGAUUUGACCACCUUCCUCUACCAUCUCCGUAUCGACGCUGAGGUGGAAGUCGUUGAGAUGCACGACAGUGAUAUCUCAGCCUACACCUAUGAGAAGACCCUUAUGAUGGAGCAGCGUUCUCAGAUUCUGAAACAGAUCAACCUCACCAAGACAGAGCGCGAGCGUGAGAUUCAGAGCAUCACAGACAGUUCCCGCGGAUCCAUCCGCCGUAAGAACCCAGCCGCAGUCACCACCCAGCUGAGCGUGACGGAGGAGCCGGCCGGGAGCAGCAGCAAGGAGGAGAAACCUGAGGAGGAGUCUGUCACUGUGUCCCCGCCCACACAGGAGCAGCUAAUUCACGACAAGAGUACCAACCCCCCCACCCCUGCCACUCCCCAGUCCCCCAUCACCGAGGGCGCUCCGACCCCAGGCGAGACCGUCCAGAUGACCUGGACCGAGGCCAAGUGUGACGGAGAGCAGGCCAAGCCGCCUGGCACCACCACACCACAGGGCAUCAAAGACCUCUUCAACAUGAAACCAGAGUGGGAGAACCUGAACCAGUCCAACGUCAGGCGCAUGCACACUGCUCUCAGACUUAAUGAAGUCAUCAUCAAAAAGUCCCAGGAGGCCAAACUGGUUCUUCUCAACAUGCCUGGGCCGCCCAAAAACAGGACAGGAGAUGAGAACUACAUGGAGUUCCUAGAGGUUCUCACUGAAGGUCUCAAUCGGGUUCUCCUUGUACGUGGAGGAGGUCGUGAGGUCAUCACCAUCUACUCCUGA